AUGCCUGUCCAACCUGCAAGUUCUUGUCGCGUUCACCGCAGUUUCGACAUUGUGGUCGUUGGGGCUGGCAAUGCAGGGUUCAGUGCUGCAAUAUCCGCUGCCGAAUCCCUCGGUCCUGACUUGGGUAACCGUGUGCUGCUUAUUGACAAAUGUCCGGAAGAUUGGGCCGGCGGCAAUUCUUAUUUCACAGCAGGUGCCAUGCGGGCUGUGCACGCUGGGCUCGGGGAUGUAUUACCACUGGUCAACAAUGUGGACGCCAACACUGCCAAGUCAAUAGACCUGAAUCCGUACACACGAGAGGACUUUAUUCGAGAUCUUCACCGGGUCACUGACGGACGAUUUGAUCGAUCGCUCGGGGAAAUUCUGGUAAACGAUUCUAACGCUACUGUCAAGUGGCUGUCAGGACAUGGGGUCCGAUAUCAACUCAGUUUCAACAGGCAGGCAUACAAAGUGGAUGGGCGAUACAAGUUCUGGGGUGGCAUGUGUCUUAAAACGGAUAGCGGCGGCAAGGGGCUUAUACAAGACUACCAAGCAGCUUGCAAGCGUUUGGGUGUCACUGUGUGGCACUCUAUAGCUGCUAAGCAGAUACUAUUGGAUCCUGCAACUGGCAGCUUCUCCUCUUUAAUGGGCGAAAUGGCCACAGGAGACACAGUGGAGAUUCGAGCUGCAGCACUUGUACUUGCAGCUGGAGGUUUUGAGGCGAACCCUCGCAUGCGAGCGCAGUACCUGGGCCCUGGAUGGGACCUUGCCCACGUUAGGGGGACACCGUACAAUACAGGUGAGGUUCUAGAAAUUGCUAUGCGGGACAUCUCAGCCAAGCAAGGAGGCCAUUGGUCGGGAUGUCAUGCAACUGCUUGGGACGCGAAUUCGCCCCAACAUUCAGGUGACCGAACAAUAUCCAACGAGUUUACGAAAUCGGGCUAUCCUUUGGGAGUUACCCUAAACACUCAAGGAGAACGCUUUUUCGAUGAAGGGAGCGACCUGCGUAACUAUACGUACGCAAAAUUUGGCAAGUCAAUACUGGGUCAACCUGGCGGUACAGCCUUUCAAGUAUGGGAUGCAAAAGGGAUUCCUUGGCUUCGGAGCGAGGAGUACCGAGAUGAUAUCGUGGAGAAGAUUCACGGCUCUACUUUGGAGGAACUCGCCGAAAACUGCGCCAAGGUCGGCUUGGAGAAUCCGAUACGAUUCGUUGAGGAAGUUAAGGAGUACAAUGGCGCUGUCAGGUUCUUUCAGCAGGAGAACAUCGACAAAAAGUGGGACCCCACAAUAAAGGAUGGCCUUUCCACACAAUCUUCUCAAAAAUACCUGAGAAUUCCAAAGUCAAACUGGGCAUUGCCAAUAGAUGAAAGUCCUUAUAUGGCUGUUAAAGUCAGAUGCGGCGUCACCUUUACGUUUGGAGGACUUGCUAUCGACGCUGAGUCUUCAGGGGUGAUAUCCAACCUGACUGGUCAACCCGUGCCUGGCGUCUUCUGUUGCGGCGAAAUGGUUGGCGGUCUCUUCUAUCAGAAUUAUCCUGGGGGCAGUGGGCUUACAGCUGGCGCCGUCUUUGGGCGUAGGGCGGGGCAAUGUGCAGCAAAUAUAGUAAACUCGAUGAAAGCUGAGAAAUAG